CCCACCACCCGCCCGGCACCAAACAAACGGCAGCCCUUGCUCCCGGCAAAACUGCACACGCGCUCUCUCGCAGACAGUGGGCGUUCCAGGAUAGCCACGGUUCGCAGAGUUUCGCAGCAGCACACCAGUGUCUGCUUCUCUUUCCUCCUGGGCAGCCCGGAAUACUGCCCUGACAUAAGGCACCCGACCAAGCAGUGCACCUUCCGUUGUGACGUCCGUGAGUGGAGGGAAACCUGCUGGGUGUGUUGUCUUGUAUAUCUCCAUCUCGUCAUUGCUCUCCGUGUGUUUCUUUCUUCUUCUCCCCCGUGCGUUCUUGUAAGCGUGUUUGUUUUCGUAUAUCCAUCUCGUCAUUGCUCUCCGUGUGACUCUCUCUUCAUCCUCCCCGCACAUUCUUGCAGGCGUGGUUGCGGCAAUGUUUCUGCCGGACAGGAGGGCUAGCAAUACCGACGACGUGGAACUGGGCAACCAUACCAGGUCGCCGUCGCUGGAAUCCGCUUCAGCCCACGACGGCAGCAGUGGCAGCAGUAGGUACGGCAAGAACAACCGCGGCGACGACGGCCGCGCCAGACACGACCGCACCCCGAACUCCUCGGGUAAUGUGGAGAGCAACCGCAGAGACCGCUCGACCCGUCGUGCCAUCGACGGCGACGGCAGUGGCCGCGGCGCGCCCGGCCACGGCAGACGGCGCAGCGGCAGUCGGAGCCCCAGCCGGAGCUCCAACCCGGACGGCGGCGACCGGAGCGGUCGAAAAUAUCGCCACGUUGGCGACGGCAACGGCAGCGUUCGGGGCAGAACCCUCGGAACCGAAACCGACGAUGACGCGGGAGGACUGCUGGAGGGAAGCAGCUACUCCGGCAUGUCCGGGAUGAUUGUCGUCGACCGCAUCAACAACGACCGCGGCGCGUCCUCGAGAAACAUUGGCGGCGCCGGGAAGAGCGCGAGUGGCCGCUCAGAGGGCGGCCGAGGCGGAUUUGGUGCCGAUGGAGGUGGUAGCGGCAUGGGCGGGAGGGGGCAGGAGCCUGCGGUGCAGAGGAACGGGUGCAUGAAAACGUCGAGGGCGUUGAAGCUGAUCACCCUGGCAAUCGCGCUCGUCAACGUCGUGACUCUGUGGGGGUGGCAUUACGACACCCGGGCGGGGAGGCUGUGCUCGAUCAGGAACCGGCGAGCGUGCGUGACGUCCGGCCCCGAGAUGGCCCUGAUUACGGUCGCGAGGCUGACAGCCGGGGCGCUGUUCCCGAGCAUCAUCUUCUGCGUGCUCGCCAAGUGCUACGCCACGCGCUACCUCUUGCACCACAGCUGGCUGACCUUGAUCAUCGACUUCGAGCCCUCGCACAAGCUCCACACCUACUUUGGAGUGCUGAUUCUGCUCUGCAGUGUCGUCCACAGCGCGUGCCACAUCGCGGUCGGCGCCCUGCAACGCCGCGCGGACUACGCCUUCGAAAACGAGAUAAACCGCUCGGGCGUGGUGGCUAUGCUGCUGCUCUUGCCGAUAGCCCUGCCCAUGACCAUGAGGUUGGCUAAAGCAAAAGUCCCGGAAGAGGUUUACAGAUCUCUGGCUCCAACUGGCUUUUCGCUGCCCCGUGUUGUCGCCCGUUGUUUCGCACGUGACAACGAAACACCCCAGCUCACGUUCGAGGUGAGGAAGUACCUGCACCUGCUGUUCAUGCCGUUCAUGAUAGCCGUCUGCUUCCACGGGAGGGCGCUCCAGAUCCUGGGCGCCAUCCUCCUCGCGUGGUACCUGCUGGACCGCUUGUACUUCACCACGAAGAUGACUUUCCUUCUGAGCUCGCCGGUUUACAAGCCGGUCGGGAGGGGCACUCUUGUCCGGUUCGAGCUUCCUCCCGGGUACCAGUACAAGCCCGGCGCGUACGUUCAAGUGAACUGCCCGGCGAUAAGCGUGUCCGAGUGGCACCCCUUCUCCCUCUUCCCGGUGCCGGGGCCCCGCCCAAGAGCGGGUUUCCACGUGGAGGCGGUGGGUGACUGGACGAAUGAGAUGUUCCGAUUCUGCCUCGAGAACCCGCAAAUGCCGCUGUGGAUCACGGCCGCGCAGCCCAGCGUGAUGGAAAAGACCGUGUACUUCGAAAACGUGCUGCUCGUCUGUACUGGAGCGGGCAUCACUCCUGCCGUAUCCGUCGCUGAGAGGUUCCAGAAGAAGAAGAACAUCCACCUCCUGUGGUGCUGCCGGGACGCGGGAAUGGUCGCCAUGUUUGAGAAACAGUUGCGCCGCGUCAAGAGCACCGUUUUCCUGACCGGGAAACCGACGAACAAGACGAAGAAGCGGAUGGUCGACCUCCUCGCGCCGUCGAGAGGCGACGUCGUGGCCGCCACCGCGGGCACCUCCACCUCCAGAUCGUCUUCAUUGCGCGGGGACCCCGCGUGCGCUCUCGAGGACGGCCGCGGUGGCGGCGGCGGCGGGCCAGAGUGCUCGAACCUCAACGCAGACCUGGACGACUAUUUGGGAGUGCUGAAGGACGACUUCGAGGGCAGCGGCAGGACGGAGCGCGGUUCUUUGGACGGGGAUGACGACGGCGGAGACGGGUCGGUGAUGGGGUACUCCGCCUGGGGGGGCGAUUCCAUCCUGGGGGGAAGGGAAGGGUCCGCGCUGGGGUUUUCUUCUGCACACGGAGGGAGCGCUCUGGGGGGGAUGGAGCGCACCGAGGCUGCCGCCGCUCGGAGAGCAGAAGAGGAACGAACAGCAGCAUCGAAAAAGCGACACCUCGGCCAACCGUCCGCCGGCCAGCUGCAGCGCGCGCGCGGGUACCACCCGGUGUCGCUAAACUUCGGGAGGCCCGACAUCGCGGCGUUCAUCACGGGCACCGUCAGGGGCACCGCCGUCGUGGCCCAGUGGGCGCCCCCCGUCGAGUCGCGGCCGCCGCCGCCUUCGUCGUCGUCGCCACAGCAACAGCCCACCGCCGGCGGAUUGCGACAGAUGCUGACGAGGCUGAACACCGGGCAACGCAUCUCGAAGAGGGACCUGAUGGAAGCCGACCUUACCGUGGUGAACUGCAGCCUUGCCAAGUCGAAGAAGCCGUCUUCCACAUCCGGUGUAAGCGGGUUCGAUAUGCCGAAUUCGGACACCGCCAACAAUGGGUCCGUCGGCUGUGUGGACGAGAAGAGUUGGCUGGUGUUGUACUGCGGCGCCAACGGCAAGGUCGAGCAGGCGGUACAAACAGCGAGUGAGGGGCUGAACGUGACAUGGCGAAAGGAGUACUUCUCCAAGUGGUGAAUGCUUUGCAUCCGCCUGCAAGCUCCGCCGCCAUCCUCUUCUCGGGGGGCAAUGAUUUUCUGUUCAGGUUGUUCCGGCCGAACAGGCUACGCGCUUGCAGCACUCUUGUUACUGGCGUGUGCGCGGGGGAUACGCAAACCCUGCUGGUGCUUUUUGGAUUUCUUCGGUGACAACAGUCACGGAUAGUACCGCGAGUAAAAGCGUACACAUGUUUGAGGCGUAGAAUGAAAGCACGUGGCCGUUGACGCCAAACGCUAAAAGACGCGAUGAGUUCGCGGCAGGGCAAUGAAUGACACCUAGCUAGCACCUGGAGGAAGGGCGAGCAGGUGUGAUUUUUUGUAGACACCCGAGAGGUGUGGCGUGGCAAAGGUCGGAAGAGUGAGAACGCGUGAUUUUGCAGAGACCCAUUAGGCACACAAUAGGUGUGGUAACGAUAUUGUAGGAAGAGCGAGAACGUGUGAUUUUGCAGCGACACGCAUCAAGGCGUAGAGACGCAACAGAAGUGUUCCCAGAUCGCGGGUUGCGUGUGGCGUGUCUUUUCCCAUCCGUUCGGUCUUGUCCUGGCCCAGAAAGCAUCCGUCGACGACGCGAAACGAAUAUACACGUCCGAAGAAGAUGGAUGUCGACAGAAGAUAUGAGUUUCGGUAUGGUUUAACGAGGGGCCAGUGCCCCAUAUGAGUGCCCGAUAUGAGUUUCAGUACGUUUUGACGGUGGACCAACGUUGUUGUAGUUGUUGCCUUUGAAGAAUGGAUAAAAUUGGUGCUGACGGCCGUGGAUCGGCGAUCGGUACGUGGGUAGAGAAAGGGGACUCACUGCGUGCCAUGUGAAGCAAUCAUGUUUUUCGAC